CUCAUGACGUUUAGCCGAGUAUGUUGAGUGCGCGCCACAUGACGAAAUUACUCUUAUUUUCGUUUCGAUAAUAAUUUCGGUGUUUUUAUUAUUUUCUUAAAUCGUUAUGAGAGAUUCCUUGGUCGACUUUUCGCCUCAAGUUUUCUCAUUCGUUCGUGAGUUUUUGAUUUUUUCGUUAAUUUUUUCCUCUUUUUGAUUGAUACCUACCCUAUACGUACGUUUUGCUCGUACUCGUCGUCGCGACGAAAAUCCUCCCUCUCUUCGUGCCGGUUAAUUUUCAUCGUACAAGAAUUAUUAUACGUUACUGUUGUGUAUAAAUAAUAUUUUUUAGUUUUCGUUUUUUGUUUUUGUUUUUUCGGUUUGUUCGCUUUUUUUGUCGCGUCGAUCUGAUUAUUAUUUUUAAUAAUACUAACUCGCAAAUUAAUCUAUAUCGAGAAUGAAACUUUCGCGAAUGAUUGUUUACGAAGUUGAAGUUGAUAUUAUUUAAUCGAGAUAACGUAAUCAUGCAGCACAGUGCAUCUUCAACCUGUUCCGAUGCGAAUACAGCCCGAGUAUCUCCGGAAGCUCAUCAUCACUAUCCGGUCAUCCAGCAGCCCAUUCAAACCAAUGGAGACUUUCGUGUGCCCGGAGCUCCGGCAGCCACUUCUCAAAUCGUGUCUUCGUCCACAUGCUCGACGCCUUCGGUACCCGGUCAUAUUAUUAUGAGACCACCGCCGCCUCCUCCGCCUCUACCGUUGAAAAUUUCCCGCAACUUUGUCGCCCAUCAGGACGUGAAAAACACUCAUAUCGCUCAAGAGGAACCGUCUAGUUCUAUUCCAGAUUUAGAAUUUGACGGAACCACUGUAUUAUGUCGCGUUUGUGGCGAUAAAGCGUCAGGUUUUCAUUAUGGUGUACACUCCUGCGAAGGAUGCAAGGGCUUCUUUCGCCGUAGCAUUCAACAGAAAAUACAAUACCGACCGUGCACGAAAAAUCAACAAUGUUCCAUUUUGCGCAUCAAUCGCAACAGGUGUCAAUAUUGCAGACUGAAAAAAUGUAUAGCGGUUGGAAUGAGCAGAGAUGCUGUUCGAUUUGGUCGCGUACCGAAACGAGAAAAAGCGCGUAUUCUAGCGGCCAUGCAACAAAGUACUAAUUCCAGGAGUCAAGAAAAAGCUCUAACCGCCGAAUUAGAAGAUGACCAAAGGCUAUUAGCCACUGUGGUCAGAGCGCACUUAGAAACGUGCGAUUUUACCAGGGAUAAAGUGGAACCUAUGCUGAUUAGAGCUCGAACCCAACCUUCAUUUACCGCUUGUCCUCCUACUUUGGCUUGUCCAUUGAAUCCAAAUCCUCAACCAUUAACCGGACAACAAGAAUUAUUACAAGAUUUUUCAAAGCGAUUCUCACCCGCUAUUCGAGGUGUUGUGGAAUUCGCCAAAAGAAUAACCGGAUUCGCAUUGUUACCUCAAGAUGAUCAAGUCACCCUGCUAAAAGCUGGUGUAUUCGAAGUCUUGUUGGUCCGUUUGGCUUGCAUGUUCGAUGCGCAGAAUAAUACGAUGAUAUGCCUAAACGGACAAGUAUUAAAAAGGGACUCGAUUCAUAACAGUUCGAACGCUCGGUUCUUGAUGGACUCGAUGUUCGACUUUGCCGAACGACUAAAUUCGUUGCAUUUAUCAGACGCUGAAAUCGGCCUUUUCAGUUCCAUCGUUGUUAUCGCAGCCGAUCGUCCCGGAUUACGUAACGUCGAACUAAUCGAAAAAAUGCACAACAAGCUGAAAGCUCUGCUGCAAUCGGUGCUGGCUCAAAAUCAUCCUACUCAACCGAGCCUAUGUCAAGAACUUAUCAAAAAGAUCCCAGAUCUGCGCACGUUGAACACGUUACACUCGGAGAAACUGUUGGCAUUCAAAAUGACCGAACAGCAGCAACUGCAGCAACAGCACAAUCUAUGGAACGGUUCGAACGGCGCUGUCAAAUACAAGCAAGAACCAAUCGACUAUCAUCGCGGCUUAGACGACUGCGGCGGUACCAAAAGCCCGGUCGGUUCGUCUUCGUGGAGCUCGUCGUCCGAAGGAGGCGCUAUGGAAGAAGUAAAAAGCCCGAUGGGUUCGGUCUCCAGUACGGAAUCUGCGUGUUCCGGCGAAGUAGCCGCACUCAACGAGAACGCCGCAGCUGUCGCGUCCAUCGUCAGCGGCCAUCAGGCUGCUAACGCUCCUUUGUUGGCAGCCACAUUGGCGGCUGGCGUUUGCCCGAUGAGAAGACGUCAGAAUUCCAUCGGAUCGAUGUCCGGCGACGAUGACGCUACCAAUGCCGCUAGUCUGCACGCGCAUCCUCAUCUGCAUAUGAAAUUGCAACAACAACAUCAGCAGCAACAUCAACAUCAUCAGUUGCAGCACCAUCAUCAGCAUCAGCAGCAUCAUCAAGCGGCGGCAGCGCAACAGCAUCUAGUUAGUCAUAAAUCAACUUUCCCGCGUAAAUUAGAUUCGCCUUGCGAUUCCGGUAUCGAAUCCGGCACCGAGAAGAUCGAAAAGCUUACUAAUAGCGCGCCCACCUCAGUCUGCUCCAGUCCCCGUUCCUCGCUCGAAGAUAAAGACGAACACAAUCAUCAUCAUCAUCAUCAGCACCACCAUCACCACAACAGUAAUUCCUCGUCUAUUCACCAUCAUCAUCAUAACGGCAAUCAAAGCGUAAACAAUCAGCAAAACGGCGGCUCCGGCGCAUCGGCUGGUCAAUCGAUCGACGAUAUGCCGGUGCUGAAACGCGUCCUGCAAGCGCCUCCGCUGUACGAUACCAAUUCGCUGAUGGACGAAGCGUACAAACCGCAUAAAAAGUUCCGAGCGCUCAGAAACAAAGAUACAGCCGAAGCCGAACCUAUCGUCGUUGUUACCCACAAUGGUAGUAGCCUGAGCGGCGGCAACUCGGCCAGCUCCGGUAACCAGCCGCACGCGCAGUCUCAGUUGCAGCACCAUCUGACCUCGUCGUUAUCCAGUACCCAUUCGACGCUGGCCAAAUCGCUGAUGGAGGGUCCGCGCAUGACGCCGGAACAAAUGAAACGAACCGAUAUCAUACAUAAUUUCAUAAUGCGAGGAGCCGACGCUCUGGAAUCGACGUCCCAGCAGAGCGGCAGCGGCAGCAGCAGCGGCAGCAGUAGCGGAAGUAGCACUAGUAGUAGAUGCAGUCCUAAUCAACAAAUUUAUUACGUACCUCAGCCGACCAAAUGGGAACAACAGAACAGCGUGGCGGGCGAACUGAGCACCGGCGCCGGUACCAUCGGCGUCGGCACCAGCGUCAUUACGUCCUCGGGACGACCUCAAGUUUCCUCGUCUCCUUAUCUAAACACAGUCGUACGUAGUCAAUCGUUAUCACCGCACGGCGAACCGAUCACCAAGAUUUAUCUACGCGGUACCAACCUAUCACCUCCUACUUGCCUAUCCAGCUCUAGUUCUCCGGUACAUUUCCUACAUAGUCAAAGUCCCGGCUUGAGCCAAAGUCCUCCUAUGCACGUCCAAAGUCCUAUCCAUCGUCAAAGUCCAAUGCAUAGCCAUAGUCCGCCGCACAGCAACCAUAGUCCAUCUGUGUCGCCGCCGGCUCACAUGAUGUCUACAGUCAAUCUGCAAGUAGGCAUUACCAACUCGUCGCAGCAACCUUUGAAUUUAUCGAAGAAAACGCCGCCAUCUUCGCCGAGGCCUAUCUCAGCCUCGACUACUACUCCGAAAAUCGUUUCCUUGGAAGCUUAAUUUUUGGGCUACCGCGUUAAAGUUAUCUUUUUUUUUUGUUUGAGAUUUUUUCUCUCUCUCUCUCUCUUUCGUUUUCUUCUCUCGUUUCUUUUUAUGUUGUACGAUUUUUAUUAUUUUUCUUUAUAUUAAUUUAAAAAUGAAAAAAUUUGUAAAUGUGAGUGUGAAUGUGAGAGUGUGAAUUUCUCUAUUUUACUUUUUUUUUUUUGUAUAAAUGCCUAUCGUAAAAAUUCCAUUUUUUCUCUUUCUUUCUUUCUUUCUUUCGUUUCUGUUUUAUUUUUCUCUUCUAUUUUUGUUUUUAUUGUAACGACUUUUGUUGAUAUCGAAAGAUCUCAUUUAAGAAUACUAUCUACUUUCAGUUACGUAAUUAUUUUAUAUUUUUAAUUUAAUUAUUUAAAAAAAUUCGUUACGACGAUUGGGAUAGUAGUGUUGAUGAAAAAAAAUAAACCUUGAAAAAAUUCGCGUAGACAAUUCUCAACGAGAUGGGGGUGGUUGAAAUUUCACCCCACUCUGUAAUCGCGUUAUAAAAAAAAAUAAAAUAAAUACCUUCGUAGCCUCGAUCUGGUGCAAAAAAAAAAUUAAUAAAAACUUACAUCAAAUCACAGAAUUUCAAUUAGACAAUCGGAUUUUUAUAUCAAAGUAUGUUUUGUAGCGAUUUUUGUGGUAUUUUUUUGCUCCGUUUGAAACUAAAGCUACGCAUCGAUUUAUUUUUUACACCCGGACGAAUACUCUGCCACGUACGUUACUCUCGUUACAAUGGCGAUAUUCGACUAGGAUGGAAAAAAAUUGAUGAAAAUUUCAAAACCAAAAAUUUGUAAUUUUUUUUCGCUUAUUUAUACAUAUUAUCAUGUAGAUUAAACAUUUAUAAAUAUUGUAAUUAUUUUUACGAAUAAGGUUUUAAAAAAAAAAUCAUAAUAGAUUGUAAAUUUCGUUUUUUAGUCGUGUUAGUCGUUUUAUUAUUAUUUGUUUGAAUUUUUUUUUUGUUUUUUUUCUAUAUUUUUUUCAAAACGUCUUCAAAAGGCUUCCGAAAAAAUUUUCUGGUCGUGCAAAUGUGCUUAUACGCUUUUGUUUUUGUUUUUGUUACAUUUUUGAUUGAAAAUUGAAAAAAAUCAAAUUCGCCCGCGUUACAUAAUUUUUUUAAACGUUAAAAAUGCGCUUUUUUUUAUUGCUUAUACGUACCUAAUGGCGUAUUUUUCGUGCAUUUUUUUCUCUCUAUCUGUGUAAUUAUUUUUUUUUCCUUUGAAAAAUGUAUAUAAAUUUCCUUUUUUUUUCUUUUUUUUUUUUUUUGUUAACAUACGAGGAAAUUCUAUUUUUUUUUCUUUUUUUUUAUGUUAAUUUUUAGUAAUUUGAUUGAGACUGAUUUCGGAGGUUCGCAUCUAGACCGGUUUCUAAAUAAGGCCAGUACAUUACCCGAUAAAUUGGCUGUAGUUUUGAUGCGAACAUCCAACCCCUUUUGAAUUUGUAUAUAUUUUUAGCUUAGCUUUUACCUAUCUCUCUCCUUGUGUGUGUAUUUAAUACGGCAGCGCCGCAUUUAAAAACAAAUUUUUUUCAUUCCGAUUGAUUAAAAAAAAAAAAAAGAAAAAGUUUCAAAUAGUUGCGCGUAUUGUAUCUCCCCUACCCAUCUUGCAAAAAGAGGAAAAAAUUAUGAGAAUUUUUUAUGUUACGCGCGCGCUUUAGUAGCUGUUUGAAUUCGUCAUAACAUUAUAAAUUUAGUUUGUACGAUCAUGUAAUAUGUAAAAUCAUAUAGAUAAAUAGAAAAAUUUAUGUUUCUUA